UCCUGUGUCCACGUAUCCAUUCAUUCGCUGUAUUUCAUCUCAAUUGUUUGUUUCCCGAUCAAACUGCUCUUAACAUCUUUCGUAUUUACCCUUCUCAAGAAUACCAGAUGGCAUGGCGUUGAAGGAUAUUUUGACUUUGGAUUUAUCAACCAUUUUAUCUAAAAUUUGGUAGAAUUGCUGUGAAAUAUUUGUUUUGACUGAGACUAAUUAAUAAAGCUUCUCUACUUCACUGUCUGGAAUAUCAUCAUCAUCAUCAUCAUCAUUUAACAUCUGCUUUCCAUGCUGGCAUGGGUGGGACAGUUUGACCAGAGCUGACCAGGCAGAAGCCUACACCAGACUUCUGUGACUGUUUUGGUAGGAUUUUUACAGCUGGAUGCCCUUCCUAACACUGACCACCCAGCAGAGUGGACUUAGUAAUUUUUACGUGGCCCAAGCAUGGGCGAGGUCAGUUUGGGAAUGGUUUUUACAGCUGGAUGUCCUUCCAAACACCAAUCGCUUUACAGUGUGGACUGGAUGCCUUUUUAAGUAGCACCUGCACUGACAGGGUCUCCGAGUAACUUGCAAGAGGGUCAAAUUUCCUCUUCUGACUCGUACUGUAACAUUACAAAGGAAUUUGCAGCAUUUUUGAAAUCCUGAUUAAGAUUGCAGUUGGUGGAGAUAUAACAGAAGAAAAUGUUAAGGAUUUAAUAUAUGUAAACAAAAAGAAGAAAAAUGUCUGUAUAUUGUGAUGAGAGAGCAAACAUGGAGUAUGUUUUGCAUGAGAAUGAGUUUGCGUGUAAAACACAGUCAAAUGAGAUUGAUUUUUCCGAUGAGAUGCCAAAGGAUAUAGAAAGGAAAGCAUCAUAUUACUGUGAUAUUUGUAAAAGAUUUCUUCAUGAAAAUAAAGUUAGCAUUCACAAAUGUAUUUAUACAAGAGAGAAGCCAUAUCACUGUGAUGUCUGUGGUAAGUUAUUCUCUCAGGCAAGUAGCUUAGCUAUUCACAAACGCAUUCACACUGGAGAGAAGCCAUAUCACUGUGAUGUCUGUGGUAAAUCAUUCUCUCAAAAAAGCCCCUUAUCUAUUCACAAACGUAUUCAUACCGGAGAGAAGCCUUUUUGCUGCAACAUCUGCGGUAAAUCGUUCUCCCAGAAUUAUCAUUUGACAACUCACAAACGCAUUCAUACGGGAGAGAAGCCACAUCAGUGUGAUAUCUGCGCAAAGUCGUUCUCACAGCCGAACACUUUAGUCACUCAUAAACUCGUUCAUACAGGUGAGAAGCCACAUAGGUGCAAUAUCUGUGGUAAAUCGUUCUCACAGGUAAGUAAAUUGAAUAUACACAGGCGUGUUCAUACGGGAGAGCGGCCGUAUCACUGUGACAUCUGUGGUAAAUCGUUUUCUCUAAAUGCCGACUUAACAAGACACAUACACACUCAUACAGGUGAGAAGCCAUCCCUUUGUAGUAUUUGUGGUAAAUCAUUCUCUGGAACUAGCAACUUAACUGUACACAAGCGUAUUCAUACAGGUGAGAGACCGUAUCAUUGUAAUGUCUGUGGUAAAUCAUUCUCAGAUGGAAGUACAUUAAUAAAACACAGACACAUUCAUACAGGAAUGAAGACCUAUCAGUGUGAUGUCUGUGGGAGAUCCUUCUCUCUGAAGGACCAUUUGACUAAACACAAACGCAUUCAUACAGGAGAGAAACCAUAUCACUGUGAUAUCUGUGGUGUUUCGUUCUCUCUAAACAACCACUUGAUUACUCAUAAACGUAUUCAUACAGGAGAGAAACCAUAUCACUGUGAUAUUUGUGGCAAAUCAUUCCACCAAAAAGGUCCCUUGACUACUCACAGGCGUAUUCACACAGGAGAGAAGCCAUAUCACUGUGAUAUCUGUGGGAAGUCCUUCCACCAAAAGGGUCCCUUAACUACUCACAAACGAACUCAUACAGGAGAGAAACCGUAUCAUUGUGACAUCUGUGGUAAAUCAUUUUCCCAAAAACCUAACUUAACUGGACACAAACGCAUUCACACAGGAGAGAAACCAUAUCACUGUGAUAUCUGUGGUGAGUCAUUCACUCAAAGCGGACACUUAACUACACACAAACGUAUUCAUAAAGAGAGAAUUCGAUAUAACUAAUCAUCAUCAUCAUAGUCAUCAAUUAACGUCCACUUUCCCUGCUGGUAUGGGUUAGACGGUUUGACUGGAACUGGCAAGCCAAAGAGCUGCACCAGGUUCCAGUUUGAAAUGGUAUGGUUUCUAUGGCUGGAUGCCCUUCUUAAUGCCAACCAAUCUUUAUUAUAAUCUAUUUUAAAACGGGGGCCACAUUUUUCGUUAAUGUUUUACG